AUGAAGACUGCUCAAUGGAUCUUGUCCACCGCCUUGACGGCUCUCUUGAUCUGGGAGCCUUCUCGCAUGGUUGGAUCGGGGUCUUCGGAUCACAGCGGAAGGCCAGAUUGUUUUGCAGGACUUCGCAAGUUUGAUCCCUUGAUCCACAAGAAGGUGUAUCAGAUUGGUGUUCAUGCCCCUGGAGGGAUCGAUACAGCUUGGAGGGAAUUCAAUACAACGUUUGUGGAUUACCUGACUGCCACCGCUGGACAGCGGUUUGAUCCGCCCAUUUCCUUCAACAUGACGACGUCGGAUCAACCCAUCACAGACUGGGUGGAUGGUCGGGAAGAGAAUGAAAUGGAUUUCAUCUACUCCGACACGGGGGUCAUGUCCUGCUUUGGCGUCGAAAUGGGAGCGCAGAUCUUGGCUACCACGGUUUCGCACAUGAAAGUGCGUGGUCAUGAAUACAACCUAGAUCUCUUUGGAGGUGUCAUCUUUACAAGAGCUGACAACUAUGGGAUCAAUACGUUGAAUGAUUUGAAAGACAAGGUCAUUGGGGCGUUAGACAUUUCGGAUUUUGCAGGAGGGCAGGUCCAGUUCUACGUCAUGCAAGAGUCCGGUCUAGACUUUAUCAUGGAUCCAAAGCAGGUAGUGUUCACAGACAACCAGUACAAAAUUGUUACAGCAGUACGUAUCAAAUCAGAUGCGCCACGGUUUGAGAUAAAAGAGUUCCUUCUGACAGCUCUCUUCUCCUUUGCCUUUGACAUUGUUAACGUAUUGCUUGCCCUAUCUUUCACAGCGCCGAUCUUCCCCGAAUGGCCCCUUGCUGCAACGACUCACGUUCCCGCCGAUGUUGCCGCAGAGGUGCAAGCAGCUCUCCUCAAGCUUGACCAACACAAGCGCGUUGGUGAAAGGGUCAAAGCAUGCACUCCUGAGAUUUGCAGCAUUCAACAUUGCGAAAACGGGACUAUCCCUAACAUUUGCAGCGUUGCGCCUGUUGAGUUCUUUGACGAUGAUUCUCCAUGUGACACAACAAGGGAACUCGCGGAACUAGCACGCAAAGCUGGCAUUGCGGGUAACCACAACGGAUUCCGAGCCCCGCGAUCUUACUUUGAGCUUCGCACCAUGCAAGAGGCAGCAGGAUUUCUUCAGCAAGAUGACAAAGGAAAAUGGCAAUGUAUCAGAGCCUCAACGCUGUACGAAAGCGUCAUCUGCCCUGAAGGUCACUACAAAGUCAACCGAGAUCGGUUCAACCAGACAUGCAUCGAAGCUGGGUUGCCAUGCCCCGAAGGUCAUGACUGCUACUGCAAGCCAUGUGUGAAGGCCUUCGAAGUUGAUGUGUACGAGUACAGUCAUGGUAGAGGCGACGUUCAGGAGCUCAGCCGUAUCGGCACAGGCUGCGACAAGAUGGACUUGUGUGGUACUGUCGAGCAAACGAAGUUGAUCACAUUCCGAGCCAUUGACAAUAAAGAACGCGACAACGCUAUCGUCAAGGCAAAGAUUCACAUGGAUCAGAGUUCCAACGAAGUGCCUGUCUCGAAGGUCGAGAAUGCGAGCUAUACUUACGAAUUCAGCUUUACAGAAGAUAUUCUGGGUGUUGGAAUCUUGGAAGUGUUUGUCGAUAACAAGCAGAUUCCUGAGUCGCCUUUCCGGGUGCAAAUUUACCCAAGGGACUGCAACUUGGAUUUUCCUGGCAAAGGAAUGUCACCGAUGGCGGACGGUCAAUGCGAUUGUGACUCUGGUACCAUCAAAAUAGCUGGUGAUUGUAUGAGUAGUUCAACAUUCGCCAUCAUCAUAUCCAGCAUAAUCCUGGUUCUGGCUUUGGAGAUUGGUUACGUUUUCUUGAGAUACAAGAGGAGGAAGAGUGAUGAGAUGUGGUUAGUCAACGUUGAGGAACUGCACUUUUCAGAGCCAGUAGAAGUUGUGGGACAGGGAUCAUUUGGAGUGGUACUUGUGGCAGAGUACCGGGGCACGAAAGUUGCAAUCAAGCGAGCGCUACCUCCAAGUAACAAGGGAAGCACCACGCGGAAAGGUUCCAAGGGGGGUCUAGCGAGUGGUUCUCUAGAUGCCAAGGGGUCAAGAGAUAUCGAGAGUGGAUUGUUGGACGAACCAGAAGACGCCCGGGCUCAAAAAAGAGGCAAUACCGUCAGACGGAGCAGUGUUGUGUCACGAGGAAGUGCUCUGUCGAAGGGCAGUGCUUUUUCUCGAGAGGAUACCUCCAGUACCCCUUCUGCAGAGGGGGCUUCUCGAGAGAGCGUUGCUUCUCGUAGCUCGGAUCUUAGCUUCCUUAACGAGAACGACUUUGAGAUGUCACACGGUCGUUGGUGGGCUCAGUGGUGCCCUUCCGUAUUUGGAUUGACAAAGGACCACACACGCCUGAAGUCCAGCAUCCUUGUCGAGACAACCUCUGCAUCCAAUCGAAACCUAUCGAUGAAGGCCUUGUUUUGCCCAUGGUUCGAUGCACAGUCCAAGCAGAAAGAGGAAUUUCUAGAAGAGAUGAGACUGCUGAGCCGUUUGCGCCACCCCUGCAUCACAACCGUCAUGGGAGCUGUUGUCACUGGAGGGCAUGAUCCUAUGCUUGUCAUGGAAUACAUGGAAUAUGGAUCCUUGUACGAUCUUCUCCACUCUGAAACGAUGUUCUUCUCUGGCGAGAUCUGCCUUCAGAUCCUUCGAGAUAUAGCACAGGGGUUGAGGUAUCUUCAUGCAAGCAGGCCACCCAUCCUUCAUGGGGACCUUAAGGCCAAGAACAUCCUGAUUGACUCUCGUUUCAGAGCUAAGGUUUGUGACUUUGGCUUGUCGACCAAGAAGAAAGGGGGCAUCUCCGGCACCCCCUUCUACCUUGCUCCAGAAUACUUGCGCGGGAAGUCAGACUACAACACCACAUGUGACAUGUACUCAGUGGGCAUCAUCAUUUACGAGUUGUACUCUCGCCAAGACCCGUACAAGGGUGAAAACUACAAGACUGUGCUCCGUAGAGUCUGUGAUCCAAGAAAGAAUCAUCGCCCCACCAUCUCAGCAACUGCCCCACCAAAACUCGUAGGAUUGAUGAAAAACUUGUGGUCGCCGGAUCCUUUCUUCCGCCCACAAGCAAAAGAUCUUGACGUGGCUCUGAUGGACAUGAAUAUGAGAGAUGCAGAGCCGCUCUUGGCAAACGACCCACGAUCCAAACCGGUGACAAAAGACAUGUUCGACGAAAUGUUUCCCAAGCAUGUAGCAGAAGCUCUCAAGGCAGGCCAAAAGGUCGACCCCGAGCAGCAUGAUCUGGUGACUGUUGUGUUUGCCGAAAUUGUUCACUUUCAGGAUAUUGCGAGAAAGCUGCCACCCAUGAAAGUCACAACCAUGCUGGACCGUGUCUUUUUCGCGUUGGAUCGACAGGCCAAGGAGCAUGAGAUUUUCAAGGUGGAAACAGUCGGCGAAUGCUACAUGGGAGUGACCAAUCUCGGGGGGAAACAGGAAGCUUCUCAUGUCAAGCAUGUUGCUCUGUUUGCCUUGGCGGCGCUCGAAGAAGUGGCCAACAUUCUGAUUGACGAGGAUGAACCCAAGGUUGGACAUGUCCACAUUCACGUCGGCUUUCAUUCGGGUCCUGUUGUCACCAAUGUCAUUGGUAGUUUGAAUCCCCGCUAUGGUUUGUUCGGAGACACUGUAAACACUGCGAGCCGCAUGGAGAGCAACUGUUUGCCCAACCGGAUUCAGUGUUCUGAAAAGUCUGCCCUUAUCUUGCAAGAACAAGAUCCUGAUAUUCUAGUCCUCAAGCGAGGCAAGGUUCCUAUUAAAGGAAAGGGUGAAAUGAUCACCUAUUGGGUUGGAGAGGAAGCUCUCAAGAAGCAACACAAGGAUGAUAAUCUUUUCGGCAAGACUGUUUCGUUCGAGGGUGGCCCCCGUUCCAUGGAUUCCAUCACGAAAGUCGUUUUGGGAAGCCAUGAUUCCAAGGGCAGCAGCAGCAUUUUGAAAAAGAAAAAGGCCAGCAAAGGCCAGUUUCCUUCCACUGGUUAG